AUGUCCACUAACAAUCAUCAGUGCGAUGAAGCCAAGCCGAUAUGUUCCAAUUGCACUCGAUUAGAGUUGGAUUGCGUCUACGAUCGUGCCAAGUCCCCCAGUUCUCAAGCCUCUGGUGGAUCUACGCGACCAUUUCUUGCAGAUGAGAGGAUCGUGGAUCCUCCCGAGUCUGAGGCGCGGAGAAAGCUCGAACAGCGGCUGUUCUACCAAUACAUGACUGACACUGGCCCGUCCACUGCCAUGGACGACAUCGCCUACGAAUUUUGGGUAACCAGCCUUUGCAAGAGGGCAUUGACUUCGGACUCCAUUCUCUACGCCAUGUUCAUGGUGGUUUGUCUUCACAAUGAACAUCGCAGCAAAUACACCGACGAGGAGGCUGCUGAGACUUGCCGCACAUAUCUCAACAUGGCUCUUCGUGAACACCACAAAGACAUUGAGAACAUGAGCUUGGAGAAUGUAGAUUCUAUAUGCUUGGUAUCAAGCAUGCUGCGUCUGUACGGCUUCGUCAAAAUCCAGCAACGAGUUCUAGAUCCGUACGUCCCGCCUAUCAACUGGCUACGCAUCAGCGGGAGCAGUACGGCUGUGUUUCGGAAAGCCUGGGAUCUCAUCAAAAACAAGCCCGAUUCUGUGGCAUACAAAAUGAUUGACUCCGUGUCGGAUUAUCUUGACGAUAACGAGAAUGAGGAACUACGGCGAGACUUGAUGCACCUGAUGAGUCGCGAGGAGCCCCAUGAGCUGGAGGAGAGUUGGGACGCUGAGAUAGAAGCAGCGUACGGGGGAGCAGUCAGUUUCAUCGGAGGUAUCUGGAAAUCCAUGAACCAGCGCGAACCCGCAGCGACCGUGGGAAGAAGGGUUGUUGUCUUCCCCAUGAUGAUCCAUAAGCGCUUUGUAGACCUGGUCGAGGAGCAACGCCCCCGGGCACUUGUUAUUCUGGCCAACUAUUUUGCUCUGAUGGCCAUGUUACGCAGCUUCUGGUGGAUUGGGGAUUCUGGGCCCCGUGAGCUGCAGGCAAUCAUCGAGGUGGUGCCGGAGGAAUGGCAAGGAUUACUCCGCUGGCCGAAGCAAGUGUUGGAAGAGCAAGUAGUAUUCACUGAUGACGACUGA